AUGCCGCCCAGCAAUGCCGCGCACUCUUUCGCUGCUCGACUCGUGGAGUGCGGAGGACUAUUUAGCUGCCUAGACGAGCCGCACGGCGCAUUUGGCUGCCCGGAUGGCCCGCUGGGGAGCAGUAGCCCCUCCUUCGCCUGCGACCUCAACGCUUGCGAACUCAACGCCUGCGACCUCAACGCUUGCGACCUCAACGCCUUCGAUCUCGUCGCAUCCGACCUCGUCGCCGCGCAUCGCCAUUCGCCCUUCGCGCUCCUCGCAUCGCUCCCCGUGUCCGCCCACGCGUGCGAGUCACGCGCCGCGCUGACUGUGCCCGAGCUGAUGGAGCAAUGCGAAGCUGAACGGCACGACACGUGGCAGCAGCGCGUGACGCAUCAGCGCCGGUGGAAUGCCGCGGCCGCGCAGCCGAACCACUCCGCUGCGCUCCCCAUACGCGCCCGGGGGUGCUCCGCGUGGGCCUCCGCGUCGUCCGGCACAACCGCCGCCGCCCUGACCCACUCGCAGCCAUUGCUGGCAGCAGCAGCAGCAGCAGCAGCAGCAGCAGCAGCAGCAGCAGCAGCAGCAGCAGCGCCAGCAGUAGCGCUCUGGAACGGCAAUGAACGCGCAGGCAGCGAAGCACACGCGGCCACCAUCCAUCCCACGAGUCGCGCUGUGAACGGACUAUGUAGCCCCGCACACACUUGGCGAGAGGCAGCGGAGGCGUGUCGCGAGCGCGACGAUGGCUCGCCUGCACUCCGCGGUGGCGCUGCUGCCGCGAGCGCCACAGGGGGUGCCGUCGAGUCGGCGAGCAGGGCUGCUGCUGCUGCUGCUGCUGCUGCUGCUGCUGUCAACGCAGGUGGGAGGCAGGGUGCGCGUGGGUGUAGCGCGGUGGAAAGGGAGGGCGCGGGAAGAACCCCAUCGGACCAUGGCACGCUGAGGCGCUCCCAAACGGCAGGAGCAGUCGAGCUGGCGGGAGGAGGAGAGGAGACCCCCGGCAGCGCAGAUGUGAGCGCGUGGCGUGCUGUCAGAGGCGCCAGGGGGAGCCCCGCCGCUGCCACACUGACCUCCCCUCCCCGCCCCACUUCCUGUGCGCCCGCUGCUGCUGCUGCUGCUGGCCCCCUUGGGACUGGAGGGGAGGGUGUGGACGGGUGGAUGUGGGAGUACCAGGGGUGCUUCGAGCAAAGCAGUUGGAACUUCAGCAGCGCAGCCCACUCCCCGCAGACACACCUUCACGUCGCUCACAGCACUGCCCGCACUAGCAACUCCUCGUUCUUCUCCCCAUCCCACCACGCGCUCACCCCUGCUCACGACCUGCUGCCUCGCAGUGCGUUCCUCCACCUCUCUGCUCUCGAUCCAUGGUCUGCUGUGCACUCCCUUGCCCCAUGCUCUGCCAUGGGUCUGGCUGCCACGGGUGCUGCUGUGUGUGCAGCAGCAGUGUGGUCGCCAUGGGAUGCCACUCCCUCCUCCACUCCUGCCACACCUGCACUGCCGCCCAUCCCCGUUGCGCCGCCCAGCACUGCCCCUCCGCCGCCCACGCCCAGGCCGGCACAGCUGCAGCAGUCCUUCCAGCGUGCUGCUGGCAAGGGUGCUGCGAGUUCUGGAGAGGGUACUGGCAGGUGGUGGGGGAGGCUCACAUGGCCGUGGCGGCGAUGCACCGACACGCGCAGGCGGGCAAGCACAUACCGCGCCCUCCCUGUGCUGCUCACCUGCUGCAUGCUCUCAUGA